AAAACCCCGGUCGCAUGUUGAUGACGCAGAUCCCGAGCGCGACAGGGGAAGUGCUCAGCCAGCUCCACUGCUCUUAAAUAUAACAUCAUAUUUUUACCACAUACAGCUGAUGAGGACUCAUCUGCAGAGAAUAUAUUUAGAGUGAUGGCGGAGGAGAGAGGAGAAGACAUCGUCUCUGAGUUCCUCAGUCAGAACCCACAGCUGGAGAACUGGCUGGGAUCUUUAAGAGGACCCUGUGAGACAAACAAACAGUGGCACGCCAGAAGAGAGUUUGUCCUGCGCAAUAUGGAGGACUUUCCUUCCAUCAAACCUGGGAUCCCGAGUCCUAGUUUAGACAGACUUCUGUCUCUGUCCAUGGUUUGGGCCAACCACGUGUUUCUGGGCUGUCGAUAUCCACAGCCUGUAAUGGACAAGGUAAAUGAGAUGGCGGAAGGAAUCACUGUGAUUGAAGCCCCUGUGCGAAAGACUAGAGAUGAAAUCAUGGGGAAAACAAAGAGACCUGCACCUUCAGCAGUGGAUGGUGAUUCCCAUAGCAAGAAGACUAAACCCAACGAUACAGACGUUACAGCUCAUGUGAAGAGUGUUGGGCGUCCAGCUGCUAGUGCUCUCAAAUCGGGCCCUCCACCAGGGGCUCCUGCAGAACACCAGCCCUUUUUUAAUCGACUCUAUAAGGCCGUUGCUUGGAAGCUUGUGUCUGCCGGUGGCUUUGGCCCCAACCUGGAACACUUUGAGAUCUUGCGCAGUUGUGUGGAGUCAUGUAAGGCCGGUCUUACUUGUGUGUUUGUUCCACUCAAAGACAUUCCUGACCUGCCUACGGGAUGUACCCAGAAAGAAGGCCAGGUGUGUGAAUUGCGCUGCUGCACCGUCUACAUGGGCACAGGCUAUGGGCGCGACGAGGCUGCCGCCAGGGCUAUGGCCUCCAAGGAAGCACUCAAAGUGUUUCAAGGGCAAAAAGUGACAGUGAAAGUUUGCCGCCGCAGGUUCCAAGGACAAGACGUAGAUGAUUUGGUUUUGUUGGAUGAACAGUCCAGGAGCCAAGUUUUGCCUCCGGCUCUCAGCUACCCCUUUCAGGAAAACCAGUAGAGCUUCAUUCUGCCACAAUGAAAUAAAGUUGUUGAUUCACCUGUG